AUGUGCGUACGUUUGAAGGAUAACGACUCUUCAACAGCUGCGAUGAACUCGAAACGACGAUCUGCACCAAUAUCGCUCUCGGGAAUGUCAUCGAUCGAGAUCAGCGAACGGAAACGUCAACAGAAUCGAAUUGCUGCUGCGAGGUAUCGACGCAAAAUCCGCGAUAAGUCCAAAAAUGACAGGGAAGAGGCCGAAUGGCUGCAACGAAAUAUUGAAGUGUUGAAGAAUCAAGCCAAAUCGCUGGAAGAUCAAAUUGGUAGAAUGCGAGAAAUUAUUUUUUGUAGUGUUACUGACCGAAGUUAUUCCGGCGCUCCUCCAUCAAGUAGUGGGAAAAUCAGUUGUUAA